AUGUCUCUUUUUUUGUUCUCUUCAACAGAUAAAAACGACUGCAACCCUCAUCCCUGUUACAAUGGCGGUAUCUGUGUGGACGGAGUCAACUGGUUUCGGUGUGAGUGCGCUCCCGGUUUUGCUGGACCGGACUGCCGAAUCAACAUAAACGAGUGCCAGUCUUCACCGUGUGCCUAUGGUGCCACCUGUGUGGACGAGAUCAACGGCUUCCGCUGUAUCUGUCCGCUCGGUAGAGCAGGAGUCCGAUGCCAAGAGUUUAUAGGUAUUGGGAAGACUUGCCGCUAUGCUGGGCUGCAGUUUCCCCACGGCAGCCGCUGGGAGGAAGAGUGCAACAGCUGCCAUUGCAUCAAUGGCAAAGUGGAGUGUACAAAGGUGCUGUGUGGUCGUCGUCCCUGCCGCCUUCAGUCUUCAGGCCAGGACCAGAAACAGCAGUCCUGCCCGGGUGGACGGGAGUGUCUGGAGCACAGCUACCUCACGUGCUUCUCCCCACCCUGCCACCAGUGGGGAGUUUGCUCCAUGGCUGGACCAUCACCUCCACAAGCAACCACCAAGUGCCAGCCAAACACCAGGCAUUUGGACAACAGCUGUGGCCGCAUCACACUUGUUUUCAACAGAGACAAAGUACCAACAGGAACAACAGUGGAGAACAUCUGCUACGAGCUGAGGUAUCUUCCUGACACCCGAAGCUUGGCUAAAGAUCACGCCCUUCUCCUGCUGUGUGACCUCUCUCAAUCGAAUCCGGAUGCUGUCGAGGUGGCCAUAUCUUUCCAGCCGGAGGAUCUACCAGACCACAGUCUGAUCCAGGAGGCAGCCAGCGCCAUAGUGGGCACCUUGUCCAAGCGGCACAACAGCACUGUAAUGCUGGCGGUCAUCGAGGUCAAAGUGGAAACACAGGUCAUGACCCCCUCAGUGGAUUACCUGGUGCCUCUCCUGUGCGUGAUCCUCGGCUCGCUCUGCCUCUUCUGCAUCAUUGUAUGUGUUUGGUGGACACGUAAACGGAGAAAAGAGCGCGAGAGAAACGCUCGCUCAUCCACCACCGACAGCGUGAACAACCAGUGGCAGCCACUUCGGCUUGUUGUGGGACGUCCACAGCAGCAGCAGCAGCAGCUGAAAGAGAGCAACAGGGACGCCGAGCAGGAGCGCAAAAAGCUCAUGGGCCCCUCCUAUCGGACGUGUGAUGAGGGAGAGGAGGAGGAGGAAACGGAAGGCGAGCUUGAGCUCGAGGGGGAGUGUGGAGGAGCAGAGGCGGGAAAGCAGCCGGUUUAUAAGUACUCUAAGACUGCAGUGCAGUCCAGUGGGGGAGUGAUCUGUACCAUGCACAGCUCCAGCUCACCCCUCAAAGCGCCCCACCGGACCCCAGGCUACAGCCCCAAAGACAACCGCUGGAAAAAUGUCAGUGCCGCCUUGACUGGUCAAAAAGACCUCAGAGACCAUUGUGUAUAA